AUGCUUAAUUUCUUUUAAUCGAUUUGUUGCUUUUCUAAUCGUGAGAAGCCUGAUAAAGCCAAUAGACCUAUCUAAAAACCAGCUCAAACUAUGUCUAUUUAACCUAUAGUAACUGAGAAUACGUAGAGUCAAAUCUUAGAAAAUGAUAUUAUAGAAACGGAUUAAUACCUUCAAUUAGACAACCAAUACUAUAUUGAACAAUUAGAGUAUAAAUACAUUAUUAAUUCAUUAGUUUCCAAUCUUCUAGUGAUAUCCCAUCUACUCAAUAGCCUUCUGACUACAUGUUAUAAGAAGAAGGAAUAAACUACUAACCUAUGCAAGAAGAAAUUGACUAAAGUGCAAAAAAAGAACAAACUGUAACUAGAAAAGUAAUUAUUCAAUUCUAUUUCUAUUAGAAAAGAGUACUCAAACUUUGGGAUGCCACUGAAGAUGCUCAAUUACGUAUACAAUAUGAAAAACACAAUGGAAAAUGGAAUGAAAUUGCCAAGCACAUGCCUGGAAGAAAUGUUUCUUAAUGUUGUUAAAGAUGGAGAAGAUUGCAACCAGUCAAGAUUGUAUUAUAUUUGUAUUUAUUUAUAGAUUAAAAGAAAAUAAUGGACUUAAGUAGAAGAUGAAAAGAUCCUUGAAUUAGUAUAAUAACAUGGAAAAAAUUGGAAAUUAAUUGCUUUACGUAAAAAUUAAUUCAACUAUAGUGCCUUAGACUUUCCGGGUAUUUUGAGUAAAUAAAUAAGAGAACGUUAUAUAAAUAAAAUCGACCCUGAAAUUAAUACUGGACCUUGGACUGAAGCUGAAGAUGCAACCAUCAUCAAAUUGUAUUAGGAAUAUGGAGGAAAAUGGAGUCUCAUUUCUUCUCAUCUUAAAGGGAGGCCUGUAAGUUUAUAUAUUAAUCUGUAGGAAAAUAUGGUCAAAAAUAGAUUCUAUUGUUAUAUCAGAAGAGUUCAUCUUGGUGUCCAAAAUCCAUACUAGAUUGUUUAUAAUGAGAAUUCUGAUAGUGAACAAGAAAAUUCUAAUGAUGAGAUGGAAUUUGAAUGA